AUGUUGGUCAAUUCUCUCCUUCUCACGGCCACCGCUGCCAUCUCUCUCCUUCCCAGUCUCGUGUAUGCAGCACCGGCACCUGCGGUCGUAUAUCACGAGGAUGGUUCGGUUGAGCUCGUUGUGGAUUCUACCGAUGACGACGGCAAUGUCGUAGCCAAGAGGAAUGUCUUCCUUGAAAGCUUCACCGGCUGCAGCAAAGACCAAGAAGCGAGCAUCGUUGGAUCGUGGCGAUCCAUGCUUGAGAUGGCCGCCAAAAUCAAGGACAAGGUCGACUUCAACGAGCAGGUUGCCAAAGAUUUCCUGGGAGAUCCGUCCCGAAACAAGGACGAUCAAGAUAUGAUCAAGAAACUCAUCAACUCUGUCGGGACCUGGCAGCUGGGCGGCCGAAUCAACUGGCACUUGCAGAUGCGAUGCGACGACCCGAACAGAAAAAAGAAACAGAGAGGCGCGAGCUUUCCUGACGGAUGCCCCACCGGUGCAAAAAAAGAAGACUUUGAGAAAUGCGCAAGCCGGUGCUGGAGGAGCGCCGGGACAGGAGAUAACGGUGAGGUAAUCUGGAGGAAAAGGGCAAUCGCCUAUACAGAGAACUGGCCGAGCACUCAUGUUGGCAUGAUGAACUGGUGCCCUGGUUGGUUUGACCAACCAACCUGCAACAGCGCAGCUUCCAAAUGGUCGAGGGCUUCAGACGCGAACAAGUUCAAUAUGAUCAACUAUCAGUGCAGAGAGCAAUCCAUGGUACACGAACUCUUCCAUAUCGACGCCAACUGGAAGCACCACGCCUACGGCAACGGCCACAUCAUGGAUCGGUCCAUGUACCUCGAGAACCCAAACGGAGGACCUAAAUUGAAGAGGCAAGCCUACGGACCACUAUAUACCAAAGUGCUGGCUCGUUAUGGCUUGAAGAGUGUCGGUCUCUAUGUUAGAACAAACGCCGACAACCUGGCCUUUUACUUUCUGGGCAAAUGGAUCCAGGAAGAAUUCGGUGUCUACCCCAACGAACCGAUUACGGACAAGAGACCAAUAGGCUUUGACAAAGCGCCGCAGCACAAGCGCGACGACGGCAUGCCCGACGAGACGCCCGACGUCUGGGAUCCGAUCCGUGAGGUCGAUGGAAAAGUAGAGUUGGGUGACCCGAACGACCUGGCUCAGGCGCUGGGUGCCGAAUCCAAAGAGGAUGCGUAUACGCUCUACGAGGAUAACCCAGACGCCUGCCUCGACUUUGUGGCACAAGACGAGAACGAUGAGAAUCCGGUAUGCGUCGAUAUAGGAGAAGUCGUGGAGCUCGAGGCCGACCAGGCCCCAGUUGCAGGCCCCGUCGAUGCGCCAACUGCAGGUCCUGUCGUCGCCCCAACUGCAGGCCCUGCCGCCGCCCCAGCUGCAGGUCCCGUCACCGAAACUAGGACCGGCGAGGUUGCUACUUCCUGCGUCUACACCGUCACGACCAUCGAGGGUGUCACCGAGCCCGGUGUCUACACGCUUGAGCCCACCGUGGAGACCAUGUGUCUCUGCAACGAUGUCAUCCAGGCCGGCAUCGCCACCGUGACUGCCGAGGAUAACUCGAGAUACCUUGUGUGUCAAGUUGAGAACCAGAUCACCGUGUCGACUCUGCCGCCUGAAGAGCCCACGCCGGAGCCCGAGUCGCCCGGGGAAGAGACCAAGUCGGAGGACCAGCCGCCCGAGCCCACUCCCCAGGAUCCUGAGAGCCCCGACUGCAAGGCCUGUAGCGAUAACAUGGGAGCGAGCUCGUGCCCCGCCGAGGAUCAGCAGUGCCUUAUCGAUCAGUGCAGGAAUGACGAGGCGUGCCAGAGGUGUGUCUUUGAUUGCGAUGGGAUGUUUGAGUGA